CGUGUCAUGUGUCAAAAUUUCCGAAGACUUGAUAUGUACUUGCUUGCUAUGAAGAAAAUUCGGUGUCUUUAAUUUGUAGUAGAGAAAAAAAGCGUAGCAAAAAAGUUUCGGCAAGUAAAACGAAUAACCCAUUUUGAUCGAAUUGAAAGAGAAUCGUGCACAGAAAACAGUGAAAUCCGAUUGCAAAUUGAAUUGUGGUGAUCGAAAAUUGUUUUUUUUUAUAAUUCGGAAUCGGCACAGCCUGACACACACACAGGAGUCAUAAAGUGGAAAGACAGUUGCCUGACUAAAUCAACGGAGACUUGUUAAUUGUUUGUUAACAAAACCUCGAAAUAAUCCAAACAAAAUGCCGCUUCGGUUAGAUAUCAAAAGACGUUUGACGUCUCGUUCAGAUAGAGUGAAAUGUGUUGAUUUACAUCCGACAGAACCAUGGAUGUUAUGCGCUUUGUACAAUGGUCACGUUCAUGUUAUGAAUUAUGAAAACCAACAGUUGUUCAAAGAUUUCGAGGUGUGUGAUUUGCCCGUCAGAUGUGCAAGAUUCAUUGCUAGAAAAAAUUGGGUGGUUACUGGUUCUGAUGAUAUGCAAAUUCGCGUCUUCAAUUACAAUACACUAGAAAAGGUACAUUCAUUUGAGGCGCAUUCGGAUUAUGUGCGAUGUAUUGCCGUGCAUCCAACACAACCAUUAAUUUUGACCAGCAGUGAUGACAUGUUGAUUAAAUUAUGGAAUUGGGAUAAAUUGUGGGCCAACCAACGUGUAUUCGAAGGUCAUUCACAUUAUGUUAUGCAAAUUGUAUUCAAUCCAAAGGACAAUAAUACAUUUGCCAGUGCAUCAUUGGAUCGUACGGUGAAAGUGUGGCAAUUAGGUUCAAAUGUUGCAAAUUUCACACUCGAUGGCCAUGACAAAGGUGUCAAUUGUGUUGAUUACUAUCAUGGCGGUGAUAAGCCGUAUUUGAUUUCCGGCGCCGAUGAUCGUUUGGUUAAAAUUUGGGAUUAUCAAAAUAAGACGUGCGUACAAACGCUCGAAGGUCAUGCACAGAAUAUUUCAGCCGUUUCAUUCCAUCCGGAAUUACCGAUUGUAUUGACCGGCUCAGAGGAUGGCACUAUUCGCAUUUGGCAUUCGGGCACAUAUCGUUUGGAAACAUCGUUGAACUAUGGUUUCGAACGUGUUUGGACGAUUGCAUGCAUGCGCGGUACAAAUAACGUUGCACUUGGAUACGAUGAAGGUUCAAUUAUAAUUAAAGUGGGACGAGAAGAGCCGGCAAUGUCAAUGGAUGUGAACGGUGGCAAAAUAAUUUGGGCUAAACAUUCCGAAAUGCAACAAGUCAAUUUAAAAGCGAUUCCAGAAGGCACCGAAAUAAAGGAUGGCGAACGUUUGGCCGUUGCUGCCAAGGAUAUGGGCGCAUGCGAAAUUUAUCCACAAACCAUUGCACAUAAUCCAAAUGGACGAUUUGUUGUUGUAUGCGGCGAUGGUGAAUACAUCAUUUAUACAUCGAUGGCAUUGCGAAAUAAAGCAUUUGGUGCGGCUCAAGAAUUUGUUUGGGCAUUGGAAAGUAGCGAAUAUGCAAUACGCGAAACAUCUGGUGCCGUUAAAUUGUUCCGAAAUUUCAAAGAACGAAAAUCAUUUAAACCCGAUUAUGGAGCCGAAGGCAUAUUUGGCGGUUACUUAUUGGGCGUUAAAACAUCGGCGGGACUAUCAUUCUACGAUUGGGAAUCACUCGAUUUAAUCAGAAGAAUCGAAGUGCAACCAAAAAAUGUUUUCUGGAACGAAACCGGUAAUUUGGUAUGUUUGGCCACCGAUGAUUGCUACUUCAUUCUUCAAGUGGACACCGGCGCAAUCGCAGCUGCAAUCGAAGCUAAACAAGGUCUUGGCGAAGAUGGCCUUGAGGAAGCAUUUGAUGUUCUCGGAGAGGUGCCAGAGCAAGUGAAGACUGGUUUGUGGGUGGGCGAUUGCUUUAUCUACACAAAUUCAGUGAAUCGAAUUAAUUACUAUGUUGGUGGUGAGAUUGUGACAGUAUCACAUUUGGAUAGAACAAUGUAUUUGUUAGGCUAUGUAUCAAAAGAUAAUCGUUUGUAUUUGGGUGACAAGGAAUUGAAUGUGACGAGCUUUUCAUUGUUGCUAUCAGUAUUAGAGUAUCAAACGGCUGUUAUGCGAAGAGAUUUCGAGACAGCUGAUCGUGUGUUGCCUACAAUACCAAAAGAGCACCGAACUCGUGUCGCUCAUUUCCUUGAGAAACAAGGUUUCAAAGAGCAAGCAUUGCAAGUGUCCACCGAUAGUGAGCAUCGUUUCGAUUUGGCAUUGCAAAUUGGUGAUUUAAAAACGGCCAUUGAAUUGGCACGCGAAACAGAAAAUCCACAAAAAUGGUCGCAAUUGGCCGAAGUUGCAACGAAACAAAAUAAAUUCGAUUUGGUAAAAGAAUGUUUGGAACGUGCCAAUGAUUUUGGUGGUUUACUAUUGUUGGCCACCAGUUCUGGCGAUGCAAAUAUGGUACGUAAUCUCGGUGAUAUGGGUGCGACGCAAGGAAAACAUAACAUCUCAUUCUUAUCAAUGUUCCUGUUGGGUGAUUUGGAUAAAUGUCUAGAAAUUUUAAUAAAUACAAAUCGAUUGCCAGAGGCAGCAUUCUUUGCGCGCACUUACAUUCCAAGUAAAAUUUCAUACGUCGUUAAAUUGUGGCGAAAUGAAUUGGCUAAAAUCAAUGAAAAAGCUGGCCAAAGUCUUGCCGAUCCCGAACAGUAUGAAAAUCUAUUCCCUGGCUUAAAUGAUGCAUUGAAAACCGAACAGUUUUUAUUAUCACAAAAUCGAACGCUACCAGCAAGUGUGGCACCACAAGUACACUUGAACAGUACACGACACGCCUUUGAUGAAAUGCAAGAAGCUGAAGAACGUGGCCAAUUCGAAUAUGAUCCGAAUUUGAAAUUAUCAGCGACCAAUAAUAAUAUUGAUGGAGUCAUACCAAUUGCAAAUCGUGUCAUUGUACAACAACAAACCUUCUCAAAACCUGCAACAGAUGCACCAGCGACGAAUCCAUUUUCCGAACCAAGUGCCGUACAACAAGCCGAUUCAACUACCGCAGAGAAACGAUCAUCGCCACCAAUCAAGCGGAAAAAUUCACUCGAUGAAUUUGAAUUGGAAAUUGAAGGCAUUCAAUUAGAUGAUAAUGUAGAUACUUCCGAUAUAAAUGAUGACGAUUUGUUAAGCGAGUGAUAUGGAUCGAAUCGCUCCAGUGCUCACACAUCGUGAGGAAAUUCAUUUGAAAUUUUACAUAUAAUAAACUGAUGAAAAAAAUAUAAAUAAAGGAAACUAGAAAAUCGUCUAGUUCCAAUCAAUCAUUUCAAAUGACAUGUUCAAUAUAAUUAGAUGUUUACAUUCAAUAAAAAGCCGAAAUUUCACAUUAAA